AUGAUAACAAAUAGUUACUAUUCAAAUAGUUUAAUUAAGAGUAACUACUAUUUCUAUAGCAUCAUGUCACAAUUACAUGGUUCACAAGAUCGUCAUAAUUUACCAGUUGGUCGUUUUCCACGACAACUUUUUGAUUUCGAAAAUUUUCUCGGUCCAUCACUUGAUUUAUUUGAUCCAUUCGAUGAAAUUGAUUUAGCUUCACAUCGAAUGCAAAGUGCUCUUCAAUGGUUACAAGAUCCACCACGUCUUCAACGAGAACUUUGUCCAGUUACAGGUCAUAAAAAACGAUCUCAUACGGAUAAAUUUCGUGUUACAUUAGAUGUAAAUGGUUAUAAACCAGAAGAUUUAAGUGUUAAAGUUGUUGGUCGUAAAUUAUUUAUUGAUGGAAAACAAGAAUUUCGUGAUGCUGAUGAUUUUUCACUUAAGGAAAUGCGUAAAACAUAUGAUAUACCUGAAAAUGCUAGUUUUGAACAUAUGACAUCAUUUCUUACUGCAAAAGGUACAUUGGUCGUUGAAUUUCCAUUAAUUACACAUAAUAAAGAACGAGAUGAUCAUCAUCAUCAAUUACAACAAUCUGGUUCUAAUUUGAAAGAAUUUAAUUUUGAUGAAUUUUUUAAAAAUAUGACUGGUUUUCGACCAGAUCAAAUUCAAAUUCAUCUUAAAGAUCGUGAUUUAAUUGUUCAAGGUGAAUCAAGUGCAUCAGAUAAACAUCAUACAGCUCGUUCAUAUAUUUAUAAAGCUGUUACAUUACCACCAAAUAUUGAUGUUGAACAUAUGCGCUCGUUUCUUCAUGAUGGUAAACGACUUGUUAUUACUGCUCCGUAUCAUGAAAAUACUGCUACAAUGAGCAAUGGAAAAGCUGGUGCACUUGGUUGUGGUGAUCAUAGUAAUAGUUCAAUGAAAAAUGUUAAUACUAAAGAUGAUCUUAAAUCACCUACAUCGACAUCACCAACAAGUUCAACAUGUUCAAUUGCUGGUUCGGUUAAUUCAACAGUUGAUAAUACACAUUAA